AAGUGUGUCCAGAUACUCUGAGAACUGAUUGCGGCACAGAAAACGGCAUUAUUGCAGCAAUACACUCCUUUGUACAUAAUGAUAUCAAUGCACACAAGUACGGCAGUUCGCAGUCUAGCCAAAGAAUUGAAAACCUAUGGUCGAACUUGAAAAGGACAUAUACAACAUCUUUUAUAGAAUAUUUUAAAAGAAUGGUUUUUAAUGAUGAUUUAAGACUUGGAGAUUGUUUCCAAAUGGAAUGCGUUUGGUUUAGUUACUCUGAAUUAAUACAAUUUGAGCUUGAUAAAAUGAAAGAGGAGUGGAAUUCCCAUAAUAUUAGAAAGACCCGACAUGCAAAUGUUCAUGGGAUACCAGACGAAAUGUUUUAUUUACCAGAGCUCUAUAACUACCAGCAAUGUGGAGUAAAUAUUAACGAUGACAUUCUUUCCGGAAUACUAAGUCAAAGAGAUAUUCACGCUAAAGCCUACGAGAUUUUGAAUAAGAGCGACUUGCAACUUGUUAACUACUUUAAAGACGUAGUAAACGAAAAAGGACUAAAAAUGCCGCCGAGAAACUGGGAUGAAGCAAGAAAAAUUUAUAACACAAUUAUUUAUCAAGCAAUACAGUUUCGUGUU